ACGUUGGUUGAAGGAAGGCGUUGCUGACGCGAACGAGUGGAAAGGGAAAAUGGCGGACCUCGAAGACGUUAAACUGGACGGGAGGCCGCUACAAUCACUUCGCGUGGCGGAUUUGAAAGCUGCUUUAGAGGAGCGCGGACUUCCUAAAAGCGGACAGAAAAAUACUCUCGUUAAGAGACUCAAAGGGGCUCUCAUGCUGGAGAACCUCCAGAGAACCUCACACCAUCACAUAGGACUGCAGCCAAACUCUCAGAUUGGUGAAGAGAUGAGCCAGAACAGCUUCAUAAAGCAGUAUUUGGCAAAACAGCAGGAGCUCUUGAGGCAGCGUCUGGAGAGAGAGGCCCGGGAAGCAGUUGAAGAUGAUGAUACAGACAAAGAGGACCACACACAGGACAAUAACAGCGCUGCCUGUGCUGCCCCAGACCAGGAUGUCGCACCCGUGUUGGUUGACCAGCGCAAACUUUUUGGCCUCUCAGAGGGAAAGGGACUAGCAGGCCCAGCAAGAGAGGGAGAGGGGCACAUGUCCAGAGACGGCCAUGUGUCUCCUCCACCUGCCCCUACCUCUGCUGCUGUUGCCUCUCUGGCUGUGCGUGUAGCUGUUGACGAGCAGAGACCAGAGAGAGUCCCAACCUCUAGUCAAGUCCCAGCAGAUAGUGAUGAUGACGGCGCUGAUGAGGACUGGGAUAGCGGUGCCAGGAGGAGGAAUCUAGGAGAGCCACCAAGAGGCCAACUAGCAAGAGCAAGGUCUGGAGGAUCCCGCCAACACCCACAGCACAUUCCCCCCCUAUUGUCUCCGCAGCUUCGACAGCCUACCCCUCCUCCCUCCCCUCCCCCAGAGUUAUCAUUCCCACUGCCUGAUACCCCUAAACAAAGCCCCCCUAGUCCAGGUGAGCCCCCAGCUAGGCAGCGUACUUCCAGUACCUCCAGCUCUGGCUCCUCUAGCAGUGGCAGUUGUAGUAGCAGCCCAGAUCCACAAAGCAAAACAGAGCGCAAGCCUGGCCCACUGACCCUGCUGGCACGCAAAAUGGCAUCAGAGGGGGCUUUCUCUGGAGUUGGGUGGCAUGGGCGUGGGGAUGCAGAGAGGCAGGACAACAAUGCUGCAACUGCAACAAUGUCUUCUGGUAGAGGUCCUCAAGAGGGCACAGUGUCUGCCAUCACCCACACAACCAAUGCUGCAGCCAGUUUGCCCUUCCCCAGACUGGUUCCAGUAACAAACCAGGGAGCUCUUGGAGGCCAUCUCCCCCACAGUGAAGUUCCUGUGAGUGUGCUUAGGCCCACUAUUAUGGAAGAGAGAGAUGCUGCAUGGCCGCAAGAAAACAACAAGGAAAAGGACCUGCAGGCAGAGAGUGAAAGAGAAAAAUCCCCUGAGCAAGAGCGACUUGGUGCCGUGGAGCAGGAAAGCCUGGAGAGGCAGAGAGUAUUUGAGCAACAGCAUGCUGUGGAGCAAGAGAGGGAAAGGGCUUUGGAGCGAGAGAGGAAGGAGAGAGAGAAAGCUUUGUCGCGAGAGCGGAAGGAGAGGGAGAAGGCUUUGGAGCGAGAGAAAGCUUUGGAGCAAGAAAGGAAGGAGCGGGCUUUGGCGCGAGAGAGGGCGCAAGCUCUUGAACGAGAAGAGGAGGAAAGAGAGAAAGCUUUGGCAAAAGAGAGGGAAGAGCGAGAGAAAGCUAUGCAAUUAGAAAAGCAGAGAGCCAUGGAACGAGAGCGAGCUUUGGAGCAGGAGAGAGAGAAGGAGAAAGCUUUGGAGAGGGAGGAGAAGGCUUUGGAGAGCGAGAGGAAGGAAAAGGCUUUGGAGAGCGAGAGGAAGGAAAAGGCUUUGGAGAGCGAGAGGAAGGAAAAGGCUUUGGAGAGAGAGAGGAAGGAAAAGGCUUUGGAGAGAGAGAGGGAGGAGGAGAAGGCUUUGGAGAGAGAGAGGGAGCAGGAGAAGGCUUUGGUGCUAGAGCGUAUGGAGAGGGUAAAGGUUUUGGAGAGAGAGAGGGAGCAGGAGAAGGCUUUGGUGCUAGAGCGUAUGGAGAGGGUAAAGGUUUUAGAGAGAGAGAGGGAGCAGGAGAAGGCUUUGGAGAGAGAGAGGGAGCAGGAGAAGGCUUUGGUGCUAGAGCGUAUGGAGAGGGUAAAGGUUUUGGAGAGAGAGAGGGAGGAGGAGAAGGCUUUGGAGAGAGAGAGGGAGCAGGAGAAGGCUUUGGUGCUAGAGCGUAUGGAGAGGGUAAAGGUUUUGGAGAGAGAGCGUAUGGAGAGGGUAAAGGUUUUGGAGAGAGAGAGGGAGGAGGAGAAGGCUUUGGUGCUAGAGCGUAUGGAGAGGGUAAAGGUUUUGGAGCUAGAGCGUAUGGAGAGGGUAAAGGUUUUGGAGCUAGAGCGGCAGAAAGCUUUGGAACGGGAGAUGAAGGAGAAAGAGAGGGAGGAGAAGGUGAGGGCUUUGGAGCAAGAAAGAAUCGAAAGGAAGAAAGCCCUUGAGAAAGAAAGAACCAUGGAGAAAGAAAGAGAGGAGAGGGAGAGAGCCUUAGAACAGGAGAAGGUCCUACAGAGAGAAAAAGAGGAGAGGGAGAGAGCUUUGGAACAGGAGAAGGCCUUGCAGAGAGAGAAGGAGGCGAGGGAGAGAGCUUUGGAACAGGAGAAGGCCUUGCACAGAGAGAGGGAGGCGAGGGAGAGAGCUUUGGAACAGGAGAAGGCCUUGCACAGAGAGAGGGAGGCGAGGGAGAGAGCUUUGGAACAGGAGAAGGCCUUGCACAGAGAGAAAGAGGAGAGGGAGAGAGCUUUGGAACAGGAGAAGGCCUUGCAGAGAGAGAAAGAGGAGAAGGAGAGAGCUUUGGAACAGGAGAAGGCCUUGCACAGAGAGAAAGAGGAGAAGGAGAGAGCUUUGGAACAGGAGAAGGCCUUGCACAGAGAGAAAGUGGAGAGGGAGAGAGCUUUGGAACAGAAGGCCUUGCAGAGAGAGAAAGAGGAGAGGGAGAGAGCUUUGGAACAGAAGUCCUCGCAGAGAGAGAAAGAGGAGAGGGAUUGUCAUCUUCCUCCAUGGAAGCGUAGUUGUGAGUUUGGUCUUACCCCCCUGCCUACUCCUCCCCUCUCCACAGGAGCAGGUAAGAUGGCGGCAACAGAGGAGGGUGGGGAGCCCAAAGUGCCAUCCCUACCCCAAAAAGCAUUAAGAGACAACCGGCCAGCUGAAUCUGGUACGCCCCUGUCACAAUCUCUAGCAACGUCUCUGUCACCCCAGUCCUCCUUCAAGAAGUUCCGUUUCUUGAGGGACCCCAUAGUUCUAUCCCAGUCUUCUGCAUCCGGGGUCAUCAAGAGGCCCCGUACAUUCUCUGAAAGCCCCCAUCCUCAGUCCUUAGCUCUCCAGUCCCCCAGCAAACCUGGGGAACCAGAGCAGGAAGGUACUCAGCAGGGGGCCCAGCCUUCUGCUUGGCAAACAGCACCAAAGAAGCCUGCAAGUCAGGGGGUCCCUGUUUCUGGAGCAGACACGUCGGGGACGACAGGGCCAGAGAGGGAGACCCCAGUGAUUGCCACACUGGGCAAGAGUCCUGAAGAAGAAAAGGGUAAGAGCCUGGUCUCAGAGGAGCAUGUCCAAGCACAUAGAGAGGAGACAGACAAACAGGCGGUGGGAGAGAUGGCCAGAGAAGCAAACGCCCCCUCAGGUCCAGCGGGAGCUGUGCUACCUCCCUCACCCCAACCAGUGGAAGGCAAGGUAGAAAAAGGAAGGGAGAGAAGUCAAAAGAAAGAAGAAAAGCUGGGAAGACGGUCUUCCUCGUCGAAUGACUCCUCAGAUUCUGACUCAGGGUCGUCGUCCUCAGGUUCGUCUAGUUCAUCAUCGUCCCAGGGGAAAACACACACCACUCCCAGUGGUAGAAAGCCUGAGAAACCUCAGACAAACACCAUAUCCCAGGAUACGGAAACGGUUAGUCAACCUGACGAUCCAACUGAGGCCCCAAAAGCCCCACAGCAUAAAAAGCAAGUAUCUGGGGAGGAGGAAGAGGACGUAAACAUUGAUGGAGCCAGACACAGGAAGAAACCAUUCCUUGGAAUACAUGCAGGAGAAGACAAUGGGCAGAAGGACAGCGAGGGAGAGGAGGUAAAGACAGACACUACAAGUGCUCGACCAGUCGGCGAAAACCAGCAUCACCCACGACAGAGAACGGUUGAAUGUCAAGGGGAGGUGAAUGAGGCUGCCAUGGCUAAGCCUAAGAAGGCUCCUGAGAGCAGUGAGGAGCGUGUGACACCAAAAGCAUUCACAGCCCGUAGGAUCUCCCUUAGCAGCAGCAAGGCCUCUCCAGGUGCUGUCACUGCAGAGGGCGAAACAGAGUCUGGGGCUGGGAGGAAGAGGCGAUGGGGAUCCAGCACUGCAGUCACAACCAAGAAAUCAUCCAUGAGCAUCACCACAGACUCUCUGAAGUCUCUGAUCCCAGACAUCAGACUGUGUCCAGGCCAGGAGAUGGUGGUGGAUCUGCACCCAGGGGAGGAUCACCUCUCUGGGGUGGAGGAGGAGGGCAGGGAGCGGGGUGAGCAGGACCUCAAGAUCAGACGCACAGUCACACAGGUGGUCCCGUCAGUGACCCAGGAGAAUGGACAGAAGGAGUCCAAGAGGAGUGAACACGAGGAGGAAGACCGAGAGGAUGGAAGGGAGGUUAAAGGAGACAGAGAGGAGAAGAUGGAUGGCUCAUUCCAGAGAGACUCCAUGGAGACACAAUGUCCCUCUCCCCCCAGCCAUGACAUGGAGAUGAAAACAGUGACCCCCAGUGACACAUUGAUCCGUCGCUCCAUCAGCCAGCAGAAGUCUGGCGUGUCCAUCACCAUAGUUGACCCUGUCCGCACGGCCAAGCAGCCCUCUCCUCCACGAGGCAAAGUGUCCAACAUCGUCCACGUGUCCAACCUGGUUCGUCCGUUCACCCUGAGCCAGCUGAAGGAGCUGCUCGGUAGGACCGGCACCGUGCACGAGGACGGUUUCUGGAUCGACAAGAUCAAAUCUCACUGCUACGUCACAUACUCCAGUGCAGAGGAGUCAAUUGCCACUCGUGCAGCCCUGCAUGGGGUGAAAUGGCCUCAAAGCAACCCCAAGUUCCUCAAUUUGGACUUCAUUCAGCAGGAGGAGCUGGAUUUCCACAGAGGCCUGCCUCCCCCUGAGAGGGCUGGGGAGGGUGAACGGGGGGCUGCGGCGGUGCCUGGUCGGGUGGCGGCCCUGCCCCCUCUCCUGCCCAAACGGGAACAGUGGGCGGAGCGAGAGCGUGAGAUGGAGCACAGGGAGAGGACCCGGGCUGAGAGGGAGUGGGACAGGGACAAGGUCCGGGACUUUGGUCCAGAAAAACCUGGAGAGGAAGCGGUCCCCAGACGAUCCCGCUCCAGAGAGAGGAAACGCAAGGAGAGGAAGAUGGACAAGAAAGAGAAAGCUGCAGAUGAACCUCCUGUCAAACUGCUGGAUGAACUGUUCAAGAAAACCAAAGCAGCCCCUUGUAUAUACUGGCUCCCCCUCACAGAAGAGCAGUUUUCACAGAAGGAGACAGCUCGACAAGAGCGGAUGAAGGAGAGAGAGAAGAGGAGGAAGGAGCAGCAAGAGGAGGUGGAGAAGAAAAGGGAGGAAGAUCGCAAAGAAAGGAUGAAAGCCGCGAGUGCCGCAUUUGGAGAAAGAGGCGAGGGGGAGCGGUACAGAGAGCGAGAGAGAGAUGGGGGAAGAGAUGGAGAGAGUGACAAACACAGAGAAGACUGUUACCGCAGACCUGGGGGCAGCAGUACAGGGGGGGGCAGACGCUCCCGCAGCCACAGUGACCCCCCACAUCAUGACAGACGACGCUAGAGGGAAUUGGUGUGGCUGGAACUGUCUUAAAAUAACCCCCUCCAUUUCCCCUCACUACAUUUACUUUGUUACAAUAUAAGACCCUACAGUAGACCAACAGAUGUUGUCACUAUCUGUCACUUUUUUUAAACACACACCGACACAGAUAGGGACCAUGGUUUAGCAAUGUUUUCCCCCAGGCUGCUAUCUGUCUUGCUCCAUUAUGAAAGUUUAGAUUUUAUUUCAUUUUGCCUGACUGUUUUCUUUUUUUGUUUUAUUAUAUUCUUGUGAGAUUGACAGUAAGGCAACCCCCCCCCCCCCCCCCCCCCCCCCCCAUAUGUAAGUGCUUUACGUUGAGUUCUAUGCAUACACACACACUGGUUUUUGGCCUUCACCAGUUGUAUGUGUGUGUGUUCCACGACUGGUUUCUGUGGGGUGCUUCAUCAUUGCUGCAUGUUGUCCCAGUCCACUGUGCUCAGCCUUGUGUCCUAGGGAGGACUGACGUGGUUGUGCAGUGUUCUGUCCCCUCUGUCUUUGUUUAGUUUGAGGGAUGAGACUAUUAUCUGCAAGAUAGUAGAAAUGACAUGCUCCUCUGGUCUGUGUUUUCAUCUUCUAAAUGCUUCUUUCUGCUCAUCCAAUAGUUCUCCCUGUACGGUCAACGCAGGCUGGAGAAGGGGUGCAUAUUAAAACUCCACACAAAUGGUUUUAGUAGGUUUUUAAAUCAUUAUUAAAGCUUUUCUUUUUUGUUUACUCCUGUGAAUGUACAAAUAAAAUAAGUUUGAAAAAGC